AUGACCGAAGUGUCUGGUUUGGCCACCCAGAAUGUUGAGACAUUGGAUGUUUCCAAGCUCACUCCUCUCACUCCAGAAGUUAUCAGUCGCCAAGCAACCAUUAACAUUGGAACUAUUGGUCAUGUAGCCCAUGGGAAAACGACGGUUGUGCGAGCGAUUUCCACUGUACACACUAUUCGUCACAAGAAUGAGCUUAUCCGCAACAUUACGAUCAAACUUGGAUAUGCCAACGCAAAGAUAUACAAAUGUGAUAGUCCAGAUUGUCCGCCUCCGGGUUGCUAUCACUCUUACGGUAGUGCCUCUCCGGACGUUGUUGACUGUCCUCGGGAGGGUUGCGGUGGCAAAAUGCAUCUGUUGAGGCAUAUCUCCUUCGUCGACUGCCCAGGUCACGACAUUCUCAUGGCAACAAUGUUGAACGGCGCUGCCGUUAUGGAUGCAGCAAUACUUCUGAUCGCAAGCAACGAACCCUGUCCUCAACCUCAAACCAGUGAGCAUUUGGCUGCUGUAGAAAUCAUGCACUUAAAUACAAUCCUCAUUCUCCAAAACAAAAUUGAUUUGGUCAAAGAAACUGCUGCUCGUGACCAGUAUGACCAGAUCUUAAAUUUCAUCAAAGGAACUGUCGCAGAAAACGCCCCAAUUAUCCCCAUUUCGGCUCAACUGAAGUAUAACAUUGAUGUCGUGUGCGACUACAUUGUGAAUAGUAUUCCAAUUCCUGUACGAGACUUCACUUCUGACCCACGUCUUAUUGUAAUUCGGUCAUUCGACGUAAACAAGCCCGGUUGUGAAGUAGACCAGCUUCGUGGCGGCGUAGCAGGUGGUAGCGUUCUGCGUGGUGUUCUCAAGGUUGGUCAGGAGAUUGAAAUUCGCCCGGGUCUCGUGUCGCAAAAAGACGAGUCCGGUCAAGUGACCUGCAGACCCAUACGCUCCUGCAUUCUCUCACUCCUGGCCGAGCAGAACGAUCUGGCCUACGCCGUGCCCGGUGGCCUGAUCGGCGUGGGGACCAAAAUCGACCCGCAGCUCUGCCGCGCGGACCGGCUCGUCGGCCACGUGCUCGGCGCGGUGGGCACCUUGCCCGAGAUCUACGUCGAAUUGGAGAUCUCCUUCUACCUCCUCCGACGUCUCCUCGGUGUGCGGACAGAAGGCGAUCGAAAGGGUGCCAAGGUUCAAAAGCUGGCGAAGCGGGAGAUGCUUAUGGUGAACAUUGGUUCUCUGUCCAGCGGCGGUCACGUUGUUGCCGUUAAGGGUGAUCUGGCAAAGAUCGCACUGAACACUCCCGUCUGUACUGAAGUCAAUGAGAAGCUGGCCCUAAGUCGUCGUGUUGAGAAACACUGGAGGUUGAUCGGUUGGGGCAAGAUUCGCCGUGGCGUGACGAUUACUCCGAAGAAUUAG